GUUCUCAGUGCCGUUCCAGCUGCCCACGGACUCCCAUAGCGCGGUCCGCGAGGCCAUCGCGCUGCAACGCUUCGCGGAGUGGCCGUCUGACCCGGCCGACGCUGCCCGGGCAUCGAAUCCGGUGCUCGGACGCCGUCGUAGCACAUAUGGGCAACGCACUGCGGCUCGGCGUGGGUCUCCUCGCGUUCGCCGCGGCGGAGGACCUGCCCUGGUGCGACGAGGACGACCGCUACGACACUCAACCAGUCUUCGACCGGGGACAAUACAUCGGCUGGCAGACGCCGAAGGUGGCGGCGGCGCUCGACAAGGACCGCGAGGGCCUCGGCCCCACGGGGCGCUACUGCCUGUUAGGCGGCGAGGGCCCGAAGAUCGCCGAUCGCUUCAAACCCCGGUCGCAGGAGGACGAGUGGCACCUGCCGCAUUUGGACGACCUGCGGGAGCGACACGAGGCUCGCCGCGACUACUGGCUGGAGGAGGGCCUCGAGCGCUUCGCGGAGCACCGCGACCGCAUCACGGAGCUCACGGACGCCGCCCACGACGCGCACGAGCGCGCGCGGUGGGACCGCGACGAGCGCGCGCACAACCGCGCCGUCGCCAUGGACGUCUUCGCCGAGAAGGAGCGCGAGGACUGGGCGAAGAUGGAGGAGGAGCUGGCCCAUUUAUUGGACCGGGACCAGCUCGCGGAGCGGGGCCAGAGCGACCUCGCCAUCUCCUCGGCCGAGGAGCGCAUGCGCUGGGAUAUGGAGGAGCGGCGGAAGCGGAUGGCCGAGGCGGCGGCGCGGGCCUAACAAUAUGUUUACUUA